AUGAUUUUUCUUGGUCGUGUUAUUUCUUCAACUAUAAAAGAUUCCAAUUUGGUUAUGGGUUAUGCUCAAAUGACUAUGGAAGUGGAAGAAGCAAUUAAAGGAACAAAUAUCGGGCAUUUAAUUGUUAUUCGUUCGUAUUUACAAGGAUCGAUGUGUGUGGACUUGGAGUUCUUCCAAAAUAAACAAGAUUUUCAGAAAGAUAUUGAAAUUCUUCGUAAUUUAGCCUCACAAGAACGAUUAAACGUGAAAGAACGAAAUAUUACAAAGGAAAAUGAAAAUAAUAUUGAUCAAAAUCUUGAUUCUUAUUAUGAUGAAGAUUCUAUUGAGCCUUCUUCUGUAGACGUUCACAAGGAAUAUAUUUAUAUCACCAUUGAAGAUAUUCCCAAAGGAAUUGGAACACGAUUAUAA